GGAUUUAGAAAUGAUUUGAAGCGAGCAACAGGUUAAGAACUGAAUUCUUAUCCAGGGAUAUAGAAUAUUAAUUUUAUUGUGUUUUCUUUCACGUCUAUCCAUAGCAGAAUAUUCUUAUUAAAAUCAGGGGACAACACACUAACGGAUACAUAUCCCUAUUUUCACUGUUUUAAUAUUUGAGAUGGAGGAUAGUGCACGUAUGUUAGAGUAGGUAUAAUCGUCUCCCUCUAAAUACAACAUUUUAUUCCUGACUGACAUAUUGAGAUACCGCUUUAAACUGAAUUUUCUCUGGAGACGACGUACUUCUGUGUCUUUUUAGCUGGAUUUCUAACUGGAUUUUUUCUACUUUUGUAUGAUCUACAUAAGAAAUAGAAAAUCGUGCGAUCGGAGUACCUAAUGGAAAGUGUCAAUGGAGAACCAUGAAAUUGAAAAAUAUUUUGCCUAAAAUUUCGCCCGAUGGCAGAUGCUCUAUGGGGAUCUGUGAGGACUUAACGAAAUUUCUCGGUACUUUACACCGCCGGGGAAGCGCAGUAGGAGGGAAAAGCCACGAGCAAACUAUAUGCAUGAAUAAUUAGACUGCAUAUUCGUCCACCGAUUGGUUCCUAUUCCAUGACGUCACACUCUUUGCAGAAGUUCUUUCAUAUGGCAGGGGUAAUUUGUAGCCUCAUCGAAUUUGUGUAUGAUCUUAAAACACAUCGUGAAACGACAUGCAAAUCAAUUCCUGAAGACAUUAAGAGUUUAUACAAGCGAAACAGAUAUUUUCUAAUGGAGGCCUUCGAGCAUCAAAAUAUCCCAUCGUGUACUCGGAAAGAUGAAAUCAAAACAGAGUGUAAACCCCGUGAUCCAAUCCGCGAGAUCCUGGACAGUCUUUGCAACAAACCGUCAAAUCCUGACAAUAACGGGGAGAGUUCCAAAGCCCUAGUUACUUCCAAUGUUGAUUUUGACACGAGUGCCUUUACACCAGUAGCGAACAAUCAUAAUAGUUCUGUUUGCCACGUGGAGCCAGUGAAAUCUUGCAUCCCUCCUCCGUUCAUAACGAAUUUUACAGACUGGUAUUCGCUACGGCGUUUCGGUCUUCAAGAGCAUCGUCAAAACUACCACCAAUAUCCGCUUCUAAUUUCUGGUCAACAACCAAAUACCAGUAAUCCGUACGUUGGAUAUUUCAGUGACGUAUCUUCUUUGUUGUGCACGAGAGGAGACAUGAGUGUCCUUAAUUUCUAUGGUUCGAACAGGUAUCCGAAUCUCCAGAUACCCGCUUCACCGCGUUACCAAUGCGAUCAGUGCAAAAAGAGUUACUCCACCUUUGGCGGUCUAUCCAAACACAAGCAGUUCCACUGUACUACUCAGAUCAAGAAAGAUUUUAGCUGCAAAUUUUGUGGAAAGUCAUAUGGUUCUUUAGGCGCUCUAAAGAUGCACAUCAGAACGCACACAUUGCCAUGCAAGUGCAAAUUGUGUGGUAAAGCUUUUUCACGACCAUGGCUGUUACAAGGACACAUGCGUACUCAUACGGGAGAGAAGCCAUUUUCUUGUGCUCACUGUGGUCGAGCAUUUGCUGACAGGUCAAACCUUCGAGCACAUCUUCAGACCCAUUCAGAUGUCAAAAAGUACGGGUGUAAGUCGUGCAAGAAAACAUUUUCGCGCAUGUCACUUCUGGCAAAACAUCGAGAGGGGCGAGUUUGUGAACUUCCGGUUCAGUGAAACGCGACAUCAACGUACAAAACAUUUGGACCAAUUAAGUUUUACAAGUAUGUUUGUAUGUUUAUUCUAGAUUCAUAUAUUUAUUUUGUACGGGUGUAUACACAUGUAUUUAUAUUAUACUACAAUAAAGAUUUGUUGAAUAGCA